UCCUUUUUUGUUUUUUAUUUUUUAAAUAUGGAAGUUAUUGAAGAUGGCAAUAUUAUGGAUCGCAUUCCGAUUCUGCUGCAAAGAGAUUUGGAAUACUAUCAGAAAAACCAAACAGUGCUAUCGGAGACAGUGUGCCGUGGUGUGGUUGGUGGUAGACUUGAUUUCCCCAGAAAUGCUUCAUUUGCAGCUGUCAAAAUAGUUCUGUGGCUUGAAGAGGAAUUUUCCAUAGCUUUUAAACAAGGCUCAGGAAUGUUUGUGGGUACUGAAGAAGAUGAGAAGACUGAAGGGGGAGUGGCAAAGACCUCAGAUCCUGAUAAAUUUGUGCAACUGGCUAUCAAAUCUAGUGACUCCUUAUUAGAACACCUCCACAUGUUAGUGCAAGAGGCACUGGAUCAUGCUGACCUGCCGGUACUGACGGCUGCGUUAGGUGCCGCUGCGUUAUUGAAAAACAGCCUUUAUUGCUACGUGCAGCAUGUUGAAGACAUGGGCAACCACGAGCGGCACUCUUUGUUGCAGGCAUGUUACAAACGCUACGUGACAAUGGCGGAGGCUGUAGGUGAGCGAGUAUUGGACUUGCACAACCGCGUGCUGUCUCUAUACAUACUGCAAGACUCGGGCGGACGGCCGAUCGACGGGCAGACGCGCUGCGCACACGCCGCCGGCACGCCCUCUAUACAAGGAUGGUGGCUGUAUAUGAACGGCAGCAGGAAAGACUUGUGGGACACAGUGCCACCAAGAAUGGCUCAAAGAAUAUUCGCUGGUAUGCUUAACGAAACACUCACAAUCUUGACUGUAAGAUAUUGCCAGACAAUAACAACAGAAACAACUACACCUCUCCUUCUGAAUGAUAUAGUAAACGUGCUACAGUGUGUGGCUCAACUGCUACCUUCCAUCUGCACCAAUGGGUCAGACUUGGCUGGUCUUGAUGUCUCACACCAAACUAGGGAUGUGAGGGAUGUUCACUCUAAAUGCAAUGAGUUGUUCAAAUGUCUUGUGUAUAGGGGUGCUGAACUGCAUUUUGUACAUCAGGCAUUUACCGAAGCUGACCAAGAUGCUAAUACUAAAAAAGAAAGUCCAUACCCUUGGUACACCUUUGUCAGUCCUAAACUCUUUGACAAUCCAUUUGAUGAUGCAUCAGUACGGAGUUCUCAAGAUCUGCCAACUAAAACAGCUUUGGGAUUAGAGUUGAUUGUGCUAUUGGCUCAACCGCAACCGUCAUGGGCUUUGGUUGUUAAGGUUCUAAUGAUGCGAGACUGCCAUCUCAUCAGGAUGCUGUUAAUCCGUGCUCUCCGGUACAUGAGUGUAGACAACCACCGCUGGGCUGCAGAUGGGCUGUGGUACAGCAUGGAUACCAACAAAUGUGGCGGGUUUCUGUGUACAGUUGAUGGUUUCUGUAAGUUUAAGGGGGACUCUGAUGGUGGUCAAGAGUUAGCGAGGGCAGCUGGAGCCCUCACUUACGUUCUAGCUAGUAUCGGAAGUAAGGCUGAGUUCAAGUCCACUCUCUGCUAUGCCCUUGAAAUAUCUGGGAGAGAUUGGGCCGCUUGCUUGGAUAAACGUCAGGUGUGGUGUGACCGUCGACCUCCGUGGUUGGCGGGGCUGUUGGCCAUGGUUGGAUCUGCAUUGCAAUUUAUACCGCCAAUAUUGGUCAAUGCUUUACAAAGUGGAGCUUCUAUGUAUCAGACAAUGUCUCUCUGUCUCACAUGCAUGCUCCGUACCAUGGACUGCAUACCGCGCGCCUUCAUCAACGCUUGCACUAUAAUAGAAAGCUCUCUGCCUACCCACGUGAAUCCGGUGGGAGGCUCUGUAUUGAUACAGAUGCUGGUCAUCAUCACCUAUGAAGAGAUACAGAAGUUUGCGAAGCUGGAAGCCGCUAAGGAGGCUUUAGCUGCAUCAUCUAUUAAUGGUGAACCGCAUGGCACUACACCGAAAUCAAAGUCGAAGACCAAACACGUGCGGAUUGUCGGUUUUGGACAAACUACUAGCAGCUCUAGCAUGGAGGGUAGCAGCGCAUGCGCAGUGUGUGCGGGCGAGGCCCUCACGGCGCUGGACGAGGACCACAAGCACACGCGUCUGCUGCAGCUCCUCGCCACCACCGCCACCACCAGCCGCCCCACGCAGGACCUGGGGCUGGCCGACUACCCUGAGUUCGCUGAGCUGUUUCAAGAGGGUGACGUUCCGGGAGCUAACGCAGAGAGAGCGAGUGACGCCGCGGCGCUGACUAGUCAAAUCCUCAUGACGGCACCGGGAAGGGAUAGUCUGCGUGUUAUAUACACUCAUCUACAACUCCAUUCAGAAUGGAUUUACAAAGAGCUGGGGAUACAAGAGAGCUGUGACGUCGACAUACCGUUGAACAGAGCACCAUUAUUAUACAUCAUGUUCCAUAUCGGACGACAGCCUUUUGAUCAGUAUCUUCGGGGCGAAUGGCCGAUGCCGUGGAGUAAGUUAGUGUCAGCGGCCAAGUCCUGGAGCGGCGCAGAGGGUGCGCGUGCGCAUGUCAACAAACGGGUCGACGUACGCCAAGCCAAAGCACUGAAUAAAUAUAACAAACACUUGUCCGAACUGUGUGCUGUCUUCAAGGCUAAGAAUGAUGCAAUUUUGUAGAUGUUAUUGUAAUUUAAUAAAUUUAUUUAAAUAAAAUCGAUUUUUUACUUUAUUAUCUAUUUACUUCAGCUUUGAUGAUAUAAUGUAGUUGUAUAAUAUAAUGUUUUCUCAUGUCUAAUCGAAUAUUAUGCAUUGAAUAAAAACAAUUUUUCCAUUU